AACUGCUUCUUCCUUCCCUCUUAAUAGCUCUCCUUCUUGGCAGGGAGGCAUUAAAAACCCACUCUUCGUGGUAGCUAUCCUUCUUUUCACUUGUUCCAUCAUCUUUAUUGAAGCUCCUGGUCACAAGGACGAGCUCUGCCUCACCAUUAACUCUGGCUCUUGGCUCAACAUAAUCUCCCCAAAGUACAGAGAUAGGAGACGCUGGAUUGCUCUGUUGACUGAGUUUAAAUCUGCCAUGUUUUCUCCUUUUCUUGACAGGGGCUCUUGGCUCAAUGGAUUCCCUUCUCUGUACUCGAAUAGUGUAACAUUGCUUGUAGAACAGCUUUUUGGACCCUCUUUCUUCUUCUUCCCUUCUGUUCUUCUUCUUAGUCUGACACGAAAACCAAAGCCACCACCAGUCCGGUGGUUUCCAAACGGCCCCUUUCUUUGUAUCAGUAGCAGAGUAUCCCCUGUGUUGUCUAGUCUCAUCCCGAAUUUUUGCUACUGGAGCAUAACAGUCUCCUUCCCCCUCUAGACUGACACUAUACCGAGAAAAAUCUUUGCAAACAUCUGAGCGGAUCUCUUGUAGCCUCUCUGUUAGAGCUGGAAGAGUCCCACCUAAGGGGACGGAAAGAGAACCGUUAGAAGGUUCAGAGAAGACGAUCGUUAGAGAGAGAUGAGAGAGACAUAACAGAUGGAAACUUUUUGUAGGAGAGGCGACGUAGCAGUUGAGAAAGAGAGCACCACCGCCAAACCAAUCGCUCGAAUCUAAACCCUUCCCGCUCCAUUCUCUCUCUCAUACUUUCUCUGCGCUUGAAUCGCAGCAUCCCUACCAUGACUCGCGGAAAUCAGCGGGAAAAGGAUCGCGAAAGAGCUCAGUCUCGCAACCCUAAGGGCGGCAAGGGCAAAGACGAUGGCUUGACCCCUGAACAGCGCCGCGAGAGGGACGCCAAGGCUCUGCAGGAGAAGACGGCCAAGAAAGCGGCACAGGCCGCCGGGGGAGAAUCUUCCGGAGGUAAAGCGAACGCCAAGAAAAAAAAACUAGGGCAUUGAUCGGAUAACUAUUUGUUUGUUUGAUCUUUUUUUAACCAUGACUACGAAUUGAGUUCUGGAGCUUCUUAUAUCCAAACCCUGCCUUUGUGUACACUAAUUUAAUAAGUGGAGAGCUAUGAAGCCUGAGGUCCGUUUUUCUGUUGAUGGUGGAUGUGGCGUUGAUUUCUCAGCUCCUGUUUUUUGCUUGAACUGGUUGAUAGUCCGUCUCAAAUUGGAAAGCUGAAUCGAAAUGUCUUGCAAACCAGAAGCGAUUGUUGCGUAGAUAUGCAGAAUGGGAGUGCUGGAUUCUAAAUUCGAUUCAACACAUUAGUUAUGGUCUCAUGCAUCAUGCUGUCAUGAUUGUCUAUGUGCUCACACUAGUUUUUCGAUUGCCAUACUGAUGUUUCUCUCUGUGUGUUUGGAAGAUUAGCAAAUUCCUCGAACUUGUAUUGUACAAUAGCUCAAUAAGUCUGCAGCUAAUAGACACAGAUUUGUCAC